GUCUUUCGGAAGCAAAAAACAUCACCAUGUCCUCCACUGGAAUCGCCGUGGGCCUGAACAAGGGUUUCCCUGUCAACAAGAAGCAGGUGGCUCCUCGCCCCGCUUCCCGCAAGGGCCGCGCCGGCAAGAAGACCAAACUCGUGCGCGAGAUCGUGCGCGAGGUGGUCGGCCUGAUGCCGUACGAGAAGCGCAUUCUUGACAUGAUCAAGAGCGGCGGCUCGUCGGCUGAGAAGCGUAUCUACAAGUUCUCCAAGAAGCGCCUCGGAACGCACCGUCGCGCCCUGCAGAAGCGCGAGGAGAUGAAGGCGUACUACGCCGCUCUCCGUGCCAAGGCCGCUCACCACGCUUAGGACCGAGAAACCGACACAGUUCCAGGAUUGCGGAGAUGAGGAGACCGACUUGUCAGUGGGUCGGGGCGGGCACGGAUACACUCGACGGUGGCGUGAUGUCCACUUGCCGACUGCUCUCGCGCAUGGACUCUAAGCUCCGCUGAGAGCGGCGCUGUGCCUUGCCCGUUGGCUUUGGGCGGCUUCGUCUCCGUCGCUUCAUUAUUCGAAAAUAAAGGAUCGCCAAUCACUGCUUCAAGCCCCUCGG